UGGCGAUGAGUGCAUCUCAAAGAGCAGCUUUACACAACGCACACGCGGCCUCAUUCGGUUACUUUGUGACGCAGGAUUCUUCUUUUGGAAAUCUGAUAUUACCAGUUCUCCCUAGAUUUGAUAGUAAAUGAAUUACUAUUCGUAAAGAUAUUCAAAUUACUUGUUGGAUAAACUUCUGUGGAGAAAAAUUGCAACUGACAGUUUUUGAAGAGAUGGCUAGUCUUCGACUUCGUCAAUUAGAAGAGUAUCUUCAACAAAUGGAUGUGUUUGAAAAGCCAAAAAUCUUACUCGAACAAUAUGCCACUAGCGCACACAUUGCCUCACAUAUGUUGUACAAUGCGCAAUCGCAAUUUAAUGAUAUAGAAGGUAAAAGCGUAGCAGAUUUGGGCUCUGGAUGUGGUAUAUUAUCACUAGGUGCUAAAAUGCUCGGCGCACAAUACGUAGUUGGAUUUGAAAUAGAUUCAGAUGCAAUCGACAUACAAUAUAGAAAUUGCACAGACAUAGAACUCUUUGUCGAAAUUGUUCAAUGUAAUGUGCUGCAAUAUUUACCAGGAAAAUUUGAAAAGUGCUUUGAUACUGUUAUAAUGAAUCCACCUUUUGGCACUAAAAAUAAUGCCGGCACCGACAUGAAAUUUCUCGAGGUGGCAAUGAAACUUUCGUCCAACGUAGUUUACUCGCUGCACAAGAGCAGCACGCGAGAUUACGUUCUUUCGAAGGCGACACAGCUCGGCGCCGAAGGAAAGGUGAUAGCGGAACUUAGAUACGAUCUACCGAGGGCUUACAAAUUCCACAAGAAAGCUUCCGUUGAUAUACAGGUGGAUUUCAUACGAUUUGAAUUGAAGCGCUGAUCUUUUCUUCCCGAGGUCAACCCAGUCAAUUUAUUCGAACUUGAUGCCCUGAGCUAGAGGAAGUUCGUUCCCGUGAUUGAUCGUGAUUGUCGCGCGUCGCAUGUAAUGCUUCCACGCAUCGCUUCCGCUCUCGCGACCACCGCCUGUAGCCUUCUCGCCGCCAAAUGCACCACCUAUCUCGGCGCCGCUAGUGCCUAUGUUGACGUUGACUAUGCCACAAUCUGAUCCGUGAGGGCCGAUCCACUGCGUGAAAUUCGAUAAGUUAAUCCGAUCAUAUACUUGACUGUGUAAACAUGCACGUAUAUUUACACAUGUUGGUUAUAUAUUUACCUGAAAUAUAUUUCCGAUGCUUUUAGUAAAGAGACUACUGCUCAAACCUUGCUCUACACCAUUGUUAAGAUCGAUAGCCUCUUCUAGGGAAUUUGCCUCCAGGACAUAAACGAUCGGAGCGAAAGUUUCUUGCUGCACCACCUCUGCUUCGAUUGAUAGACCCGAGAUGAUUGUCGGCUCGA